UUUUCCACCAAAAUUCAUUAUGGGGCAAUGGGCAUAUCAUCUUACAAGUCGAAGUAAAAGAAAGAUGAUUUCUUGUUUGUCCAACCUCUUCCUUACCAUCUCUGUUUGUCUCUGAUCUCAUCUACUUAUCUAAUUUUCCUUAUUUUUGGGUCAAUAUUUAUGGGUUUUGUCAUCAUCACUUUGUUUUUCAGUGACUACAACCCACUACAGUACUGAACAACACUUUUUUAUAUAUAUUUUCCUUUUGGGUUUUUUUUAAAAAAAAUUUCAGAGAAAUCAAAAUGAAGGCUUUUGGGUUUUGCAUGUUGCUUCUUGGUUUUAUCCUUUUCUCAUUCAACUCCUUUAGUAGAGCUAAUCCAUCUUUGCUUGUUUCAGGCAGCGUGUUUGACGGUGACGAUCCAAUCUCAAGGGCAACUAGUAGCAAUCUCAAGGAAAACAAAUAUGGUUCAAAAAUUAAUCAGGGAAGUUCAGAUGGUGAAGUGAACUUGGAAGACUAUCGCCCUUUUGAUCCGAGCCCAAGCUCCAAGGCUUCAGUUCGACCUGGCCCUAUCGAGCAUGGCACACCUUUGAUGCCUUACAUUCCUAGCCCGAGGCCGAAACCUUCCCCUCCUCAUUCCUCUAACCAUGACGAAUCUCCUUAAUCAUACCUUAUGUUACUCAGACUCGUAUACCCAUGUCUGAAACAAAGUACUUGGCUAUUUUGUGAAAUAAUUUCGAGAUUUUGUACCAAAUUGAAGUUUUCAAGUCUUAUCCUAUCCAUAAUCGAGUGUCAAGGAUCCGACAUGGGUACUACAGAUUAUUAAAGAGUCGGAAUAAUAUAACCUUUAUUAACCCUCUAAAACGAGUCAUUGUGCAUUAGGAAAAGUAAAUAAUCCUAAGUGUUUGCUUGACAAUUUUAUGCUUGUGUUCUAGUCAUGAAUGCUUAAAAUGUAUGUAUGUAUAUAUUCUUGGGUUUGUGCUAAGCUAAGUAUUUGCACUACCCUAUUGCUGAUUAUGGUUCAAUUAAGGUAGUUGUAUUAUGUUGUAUGAUUGGUAUUUUAUGUACAAUGUAUUCCCAACAUUUUGAUUUGUAAUUUCUCAUUUGGAUGCUUUUAUUUAGUUUUGGAUUAAAAUGGUUCGAUAUGUGUACUUUUUAUAUAUGUGAGAAGUACAUUGUAAUUUGCAAAUAAUGUUUGUUAAGAGUCAAUUUAAA